CAUACCUUGGAUCUCUGUAGAGUUUGAUAGAGUUAGACUGAGAUUUUGGCAACUUUUUGAAGCUUUGACAUCUUUUUCCCCUCGUUCGUUCACCAUUGUCAAAGUUAUUAUUAUUCUAUUAAAGCUAAAAAGAGGACUUCAUUCUUCAAUUAAAGGGACACUCUCCUUUUAAUGCAAUGCAAAAAGGCCACCCUUUACAAAGGCUUGUAGUUGUGGCAGCAUAGCACUAGCAGUGUCACAACUCUUCACUCUUCAACGACAAGGUUCAGUGGUCAAAAGGGAAAUUCUUUUGUUUAUCUCCCUUACAUCCAUGGUUUUUAUGAAAAGAUAUAUCUCUUAUGUCCCGGAAGAUUAUGCUAGCAGCAAGUGAUCAUCAUCACUUUGUGGUUACUUCCUGGAAGGAAACUCAACUAUGAUGAAAUGCAAAGUAGCAUGUGAAGUCUUGGCAGUUUAGAAUCUAUUUAAUGGUCUCUGGCAACUAACUUGGCCGAUUUAGAAUCCAUUUGUGAAGUUUGUUGAGAGUUCUUGAUUGUUAAGUUCCUUGUUUUAGAUAUGGGGAUUGAGAGAAGUGGAGAAAACAAAAUUCUUGGACUGAGAUUCACUUCAAGACACAAGCGUUCAAAGAGUCUUCCUGUUAAGAAAGGAGCGGAGGAACAUGAUAAUCAGCUCGAGGCAUUAGACUCAAUGAAGCUGGAUAUGGGUUACCUCACAGAAUGCACUAAAGCUAGAAAUGAAGUCCACACUACUCUCAAGCAAGAGAUUCUACAACUAGAGAGAAGAUUACAAGACCAAUUUGAAGUUAGAUGCACCCUAGAAAAGGCACUUGGAUACAGGCCUUCAGCUCUUGUUAAUCCAAAUGAUAAUACCAUGUCCAAGCCAGCCACAGAGUUAAUCAAGGAGAUUGCAGUGUUAGAGUUGGAAGUUGUGUAUUUGGAGCAACAUCUUCUCUCUUUAUACCGUAAAGCUUUUGAUCAACAUUUAUCUUCUGUCUCUCCUUCCACCAAGGAGGAGACUGUGAAGCUUCCUCAAGCAACGCCGCAACCUCGGCUCACUCAAGUUUCUAAGCCUCAAGUCUUAACCAAAACAGAAUGCUCUGCAGUACAAUCAAAUAAUAGCCAUGAGCCUCAGACUCAGGGAAAAGAACACAAAGGAAAUCUUCCAGAAGACAUGCAUAUGUAUUCUGGAGUUUACCGUUGCCAUUCUUCAUUGUCACAUUAUUCAGCAUUUACAAGAUCAUCUCCACCAUCAGAACCUUUAACUAAACCUCCCCGUGCCUGUCAUUCUCAACCAUUGUCCAUGAUGGAGUAUGGCCAAAGCAAUCCAUCAAAUAUAAUUAGUCUGGCAGAACAUCUGGGUACGCGAAUAUCCGAUCAUGUUCUAGAGACACCUAACAAACUUUCCGAGGACAUGAUCAAAUGCAUAUCAGCUAUAUAUUGCAAGCUUGCAGACCCUCCAUCAUUGCAUCCCGGCCUUUUGUCUCCCACUUCAUCCUUGUCCUCAACCAGUGCCUUCUCCAUUGGAGAUCAAGGUGACAUGUGGAGUCCAAGGUUCAGGAACAACUCCUCCUUCGAUGCGCGGUUAGACAAUCCAUUCCAUGUUGAAGGACUCAAGGAGUUCAGUGGACCUUACAGCACCAUGGUUGAAGUAACAUGGAUUUAUAGAGAAAUUCAUAAAUCAGGCGAUGCUGAUAAGUUGCUCCAGCAUUUCAGGUCACUUAUUAGUCGAUUAGAAGAAGUAAAUCCUGGGAAGUUGAAACAUGAAGAGAAGCUAGCUUUCUGGAUCAAUGUACACAAUGCUUUGGUGAUGCAUGCAUUUUUGGCUUAUGGAAUUCCACAAAACAAUGUGAAAAGAACUUUUCUUCUUCUCAAGGCUGCAUAUAAUGUUGGUGGCUACACUGUUACUGCAGACACAAUACAAAACAUUAUACUCGGAUGCCGGAUUUCUCGUCCUGGACAGUGGCUACGUUUGUUCUUUUCUCAAAAGAGCAAAUUCAGAAGUGCAGAUGGAAGAGUAGGAUAUGCAAUGGAGCAUCCUGAGCCUCUUUCACACUUCGCACUCUGUUCAGGGAACCAUUCUGAUCCAGCGGUACGUGUAUAUACAGCAAAGAGGGUGAUUCAAGAGCUAGAAGCAGCAAAGGAUGAGUACAUUCGAGCUACAUUUGGGGUACGGAAGGAUAAAAAAUUACUACUACCAAAGCUUGUUGAGUCAUUCACCAAGGACUUAGAACUAUGCCCAAGUCAGGUUAUGGAGAUGAUCCAAGAUUCUUUGCCAGAAUCCCUUAGAAAGAGUGUGAAGAAAUGGCAGGUGGUGAAAUCCCGAAAAUGCAUAGAAUGGAUUCCACAUAACUUCAAUUUUCGAUAUCUCAUAUCUAAGGACAUGCUCAAAUGA